GCUUGGGCGGGCCCGGCCGCGGCCCGCAGAGCCGUCCCCGCCCGCCCGCGCCCCGACCAGCCCUGCUCCGGGCAGCCGCUCGCCAGUGUCUCGAAUCCGCGUCGGCCCCGGGUCCCGGCCAUGGCGCUGAGCGAGCCCAUCCUGCCGUCCUUCUCCACUUUCGCCAGCCCGUGCCGUGAGCGCGGCCUGCAGGAGCGCUGGCCGCGCGCAGAGCCCGAGGCAGGCGGCACCGACGACGACCUCAACAGCGUGCUGGACUUCAUCCUAUCCAUGGGGCUGGACGGCCUGGGCGCUGAGGCCGCCCCGGAGCCGCCGCCGCCGCCCCCGCCGCCCACGUUCUACUACCCCGAGGCCGGCGCGCCGCCGCCGUACGGGGCCCCCACGGGCGGUCUGGUGUCCGAGCUGAUGCGACCCGAGCUGGACGCGCCGCCCGGGCCGGCGCUGCACGGCCGCUUCCUGCUGGCGCCGCCGGGCCGCCUGGUGAAGGCCGAGCCCCCCGAGGUGGACGGCGGCGGCGGCGGCUACGGCUGCGCGCCCGGUCUGGCCCGCGGGCCGCGAGGCCUCAAGCGCGAGGGCGCCCCGGGCCCAGCAGCCGCGUGCAUGCGAGGCCCCGGGGGCGCCCCCUUCCCGCCGCCCUUCGGCGGCCCCGGCUUCGGCGCGCCCGGGCCAGGCCUGCACUACGCGCCGCCCGCGCCCGCCGCCUUCGGUCUCUUCGACGACGCGGCCGCCGCCGCCGCGGCAGCAGCGCUGGGCUUGGCGCCGCCCGCCGCCCGAGGUCUCCUCACGCCGCCCGCGUCCCCGCUGGAGCUGCUGGACGCCAAGCCCAAGCGGGGCCGCCGCUCCUGGCCGCGCAAGCGCACCGCCACGCACACCUGCAGCUACGCCGGCUGCGGCAAGACCUACACCAAGAGCUCGCACCUCAAGGCGCACCUGCGCACGCACACAGGCGAGAAGCCCUACCAUUGCAACUGGGAUGGCUGCGGCUGGAAGUUCGCGCGCUCGGACGAACUCACGCGCCACUACCGUAAGCACACGGGCCACCGGCCUUUCCAGUGCCACCUGUGCGACCGUGCCUUCUCGCGCUCCGACCACCUGGCGCUGCACAUGAAGCGGCACAUGUAGCCUGGACGCCCUCGCCCCCCCCGCGCGCGGCCGUGGCGGGUCCCACGCGCCGGGCGCGGCCCCUUCCCAAACUGUGACUGGUAUUUAUUGGGCCCAGAGGACCGGGCCGGGCGCAGCGUGGCUACCGACGGGGCUCCCCCGACGCCGCCGCCACCCCGGCCCCCAUUAGAGACUGAAGGCCGGGUGGGAGAAGACCACGGUCCUCCUUGACAAGUCUUGUUUUCAAAAUGGUGCAAUAAUUAAGCGUCGUCUUCCCCGCCCCGGGUCUACACUAGAGGACGGAGCUGGACGCCUCGUGAGGAAUCCAGCCGUAAUUCGUACUGUCUGCGACGUUUUCAUAAUAUUGUACAUAGUGACUGUGACAGAUAUUGUAUUACUGUAAAUAGGGAGACGGGUGGGCAUUUUGCCUGCCUGGUUCAUUUUUAUAAGACUUUUGCUGUUUUUUAAUUAAAAAAAAAGUUUGCAUCUUUUUGAAAAAUCA